UUAUUAUAUUACCAUGUGUGAAGUAAUCAAAAUAAAGACAACAUGAAUUUUGACGAUUAUGCUACCCACAUCUAUCAAAAGCUGAGGCUAGCUAUUGCUUUAGCAAUCAUACGAUCGAAACCAACAAAUAUAUCAACGGACGAAUAUUUAAACGAAUUAAAAUCCAAAAUGGUGGACAAAAUGGAGGAUGAUGACGUCACAGUGUGUAGCGAUGACUUUUUAAUGGACGACGACGAUUUAAAUGAUAGUGUGAAUCUCUUAAAAGAUUUUGAUCUAGGGGAUUUGGAAAAUGAUGGAAAUAUUGUAGAAUCUAAUGUCAUUGAAGAUCAGAAUAUGAACUUAGAUUCUGUGCAGAAUCAAGAAUCAGAACCUGCAACUCACGAUUCUUACUCACUUACGCAAGAAUCAAAUGCACGAAUUGAUUCUACUUACAAUGAUUCUCAAAAUAGAUUACAAUACAAUGUAGACGAAAUUGAAUUCGAUGAUUCAAAAGAACUAGUUUCUUAUAAAGUUCUAGAAGAAUUCAAUAAAGUAAAGAUGUAUUUAAGAAGAACGGAGCAGAAUAGAAGGUUGUCUUGCGAUGGAUAUUCAACGGAUUCGGGGUACCGCAGUGAUUCUCAAAUCAGGAGCAGUAAUCGCAGUGCAUUACAACUAAGUGAUAAUUGGCUGAACCAAUCUGCAUGCUGUUUAUUUAAUUAUAUAAUGCAGUGCCCUCUUGUCGCAGCUACGAGAGAUAUCACAAAUGAAAUUGCACAAGUUCUAAGCCAAUUGAUUGACAAAUUGCAUGAAGAAGAAAAAUAUCCAUCAUUCUUAGAAGAUUUAUUAGAAACUAUAGAUUUAUUACUACAACAAAUCUAUAACGGAUCCAACAGUGAAAACGAGUUCCUGACAACAGACGCAAACAUACAAAGAAUACUUUUACUAAAUAAGUCGAUACAUGUCCAGCAGCACACCAUAGAAGAAAUAACGAAAAUACUCGAAAUCUUCCACACAAAAGUUAACGAGAAGGAUACUACAUACGAACUAACGAAUAUUGAAGAAAUAGAAAAUGUAUCCUACAUAUUUCAUAUCCUAGAGAUUUUGUUAAAAAAACAUAUCAAAAACAAAGAAAUAUUAAGUCAAAGUAGUCAGCAAUCACAAGAAGAAGAGAAAAUAUUAAAAAAGAGUUCAAUUUCUGAUAUUUGGAGAAAGAAAUGGAAUCCAAGUCAAAAAGUUUUUGAGGGUAGUAAAGAAAAAAAAUGUGUUUUGAAAGUUUGCAGUGAUGUGUUAAACAAAAUAGUUGUUGAUUGCGUCAGUAACUACAGUUUGGUCGCUUAUUCAGCGCUUAAAUGUUUUAAUUCUAUGCAAUCUUAAGAUAAAAACUAAGGAUCAAAAUGUAGGCAAGUAUUUUUGAAAAACAUCAGUUAGAUUAAUAAGGCUAGGCUGGAAUUUAGGUAUUAAUUUUGUAAAAUAUAAGUCUUUUAGUUAAAAAUCCUUACUAAAGGCAUCAUGUAGUGUUGUAUCAAUAGUUAUUUUUAAG